GUAUAAAUAGAAAUGCUUAUCUUUUCUCCUGAAUUCACAUCCCAGUUUCUGUAUAAUAUCUCAGGUAGAUAUACAUUGUGCCAAACAUGUCUCCUUCGGGCACAUUAAUCUCAUUUUGUGUGGUCUUUUUCAGCUUAUUCAUUGCAACACAAUCACUUGUUCCUGCUUCACAAACCUUUAAAUACGUCAACCAAGGCGAAUUCGGCGAAUUCAUCAAUGAAUACGAUGCUGAUUAUCGAGUCAUUCCUAUCGCAACUCACCCUUUCCAGUUUGCCUUCUAUAACACCACCCCAAAUGCCUACAUCCUUGGGCUCCGCAUGGCCGUCUCACGAUCCGAGUCCGUCCGGCGCUGGAUUUGGGACGCCAACCGAGGAAAGCCGGUCCGGGAAAAUGCAACGCUAACAUUCGGCCGCGACGGAAAUCUGGUCUUAGCCGACGCCGACGGCAAGGUGGCUUGGCAAACCGGCACCGCCAAUAAGGGCGUGGUCGGCCUGGAACUACUCGGCAACGGUAACUUGGUAUUGUACGACAGCAAGAAGAAAUUCGUUUGGCAAAGCUUUGAUUAUCCAACCGAUACGCUCAUGGUGGGCCAAGCCUUCAAGGCCACCGGACCGAACAAGCUGGUGAGCCGAUUGUCGGCGGCUCAACCGGUCAACGGUCCAUACAGUUUCGUAAUGGAGAAACUAAAUUGGGCAAUGUAUUACCAGACCCCAAAUUCACAAAAGCCUUUGGUGUACUACAGAUCGGAUCAAUUCGGGGAUGGUAAAGGUGCUUUGGCAUCUCUUCAAAUGUAUUGUUCCCCACAAGAUGACAACCAUUCAUUCGAGAUCGGUUUCCAGAUUACGAUGUCCGGGUCGGAUAGUGGAGGGACAUCUGUUAUAACAAGGCCUAAAUACAACGCGACUUACAGUUUCCUUCGAGUUGAUAUCGACGGAAACUUGAGAGUAUACACCUAUGACGACAUUGUAGAUUAUCAAGCAUGGGAGAUUACUUUCGUGCUAUUUGACCGUGAUGAAGGCAGGGAAACCGAGUGCAAGCUGCCGAGGAGGUGCGGAUCGCUCGGCUUGUGCGAGGACGACCAAUGCGUCGCGUGCCCUAAGCCACAAGGAUUGUUGGGAUGGAGCAAGACUUGUGCAGCACCGGUGCUUCCACCAUGCAAUAAAGUUGGCUCAAAGGUGGACUAUUACAAGGUUGAUGGAGUUGAGCACUACACAAGUGAAUUCAAUCCGGGAAGUGGACCAAUGAGUCUGGCGCAAUGUAAGGAUCAAUGCACAAAAGACUGCAAGUGUUUGGGAUUCUUUUACAAACAAGAGUCUUCCAAGUGUUUGUUGGUCCCUGAUUUGGGUACUUUGGUUAAGGUUCCUAACUCCGCUCACUCCGGCUAUAUCAAGAUUUCCAAGUAGACACACACACACGGGUGUUGCUGUUUAUGAAUCUGAUGAUCUUGUGAUGUGUUAGUCUGUUUGCGUGAUUCUUUGUUCUGUUUUCCUUUUGUUUCUUCUGGCACAGCCAAAUUGUCGUAAUUCUUCUUGUUGUACUUUUGUCAAAGUAUAAAUGUAAUUUCAAGUUAUAAUUUGCAUCUUGAAAGUCAUACGUAAUCGCAGUGGCAACAGAUUUUUUUCACUCGCGCCUUAACAAAAUGGUGCUGGCCGGCCACAGUGUUGUAAAAUGUAGACAUAUGUAGUAAUUAUAUAUAUGUCAAGUUUCUAAGGAUCAACUGUUAAUUUCUUUUGAACUUUUUU